AUGCGGAGUGAAGAAGCUGAUGAAUACCUUGUGGCCGGAGUGAAGAAGCUGGCGGAGGCGGCUGCCGCCGAAGAGGGAGCUUUAUCAAUUAUUACACCGGUGACAAAAAGACGGAUAGGGGUAAAUUCAGAUCAUCAUGUGCGGAAACCCGUACCGAAGUUUCCGUGGUCAUCUCUCUUUCCCCCGCUUCUCCGUUCUCGUUGUUCGUCCUCAAUCGCCUGCUCCAACGCCGGCCGAGUAAAUUUUCCUUCUGUGAUUCCAAUUUCUGCGAAACUGGAGAGGCACCGCCCUUCUUCCUCUGCACCGUGGCCCUCCGAUGACCACCGGCCCAAUUUCAACCACCAAUUUGAUCCCUAUGUUCAAUUCCCCAAUCACCAUCCCGGCCCCCCCUUUUGCCAACCUAAUUAUCCGCCCCAGUACCCGCACCGGCCACCGCCGCCGCCGCCGCACCAGCACCCGCCGCCAUACCAGAACCAGCACCAGCACCAGCACCCGCCGCCGCAGCCGCACCAUCACCAGCCUCAGCAGAAUAACUGGAACCAGCCGGAGUUCCACAAUCAUCAGCCGGAGUAUCGUCACCAGCCACACUUCAACGGGGAGGCGAAUGAGGGGUUCGGAAACGGCGGUUUAAGGCCGAAUUGUGGCAAUCAAAAUGCUAAUUUGGGGCGCAAAAGGCCGAGAAACUAUUCCAACAGAACAGUUCCCUCAGAUCAUGCCGAGGCUGUCAAAUUGUAUGUUGCACAAGUUCCCCGGACAGGAACCGAAGAAGCUAUCCGUCCCCUGUUUGAAGUACAUGGAGAUAUUGUCGAAAUUGUAAUAUUAAGGGAUAAGAUAACUGGCCAACAGCAAGGUAGUUGUUUUGUGAAGUAUGCAACCUCUAUUGAAGCAGACAGGGCUAUCGGAGCUUUGGACAAUCAGUUUACUUUUCCUGGAGAAAUGGCUCCUAUCAAUGUGAAAUAUGCUGAUGGUGAGAGGGAGCGCCUAGGAGUACUUGAAAAAUUGUAUGUUGGUAGCUUGAAUAAAAAUACAACAAAAAGGGAAAUUGAGGAGGUAUUCUCGCCUUAUGGUUUUGUUGAGGAUAUUUAUAUCAUGCGUGAUGAGCUGAAGCAAAGCCGUGGAUGUGCCUUUGUUAAGUACGCUCGUAGAGAGAUGGCAAUGGCAGCAAUCAAAGCAUUGAAUGGAAAUUAUACGAUUAGAGGUUGUGAUCAGCCACUUAUUGUUCGUCUUGCAGACCCUAAGAAAUCCAGGGUUGGUGAACAAAGAAGCAACAGCAUGUCAGGCAGCCCAAAUUUUGGUCAUCAUCCUCAACCUUUUAGACCCGAGCCCCCUCUUGGUGCCCCUGCUGGAGGAUGUUUUCCCAAUAAUUUAUAUCCCCCACAACAAAAUUCUGCAAGUUUAGGACCAGCAAAAAAUGCUUCCCAAGUGGCAUCCAAUGCCCCUUUGGCUCCUAAUACCAUACAGAAAGCACACCCUCCAAUACAAGAACCUUCAUCAUCUUUUGCUCAUAUACCAUCACAACCAAUGAGAACAACACAACAAGUUUGUCAGCCUCCUACACAGCCUGAUUUUUCUAAGAUGCAGAAUCAGGUGUAUUGUCAACAACAGCCCCGGAAAGACUCGUAUCAGCAACAGAAUUCACAGGUUAAUGAGAAUACGCCUCCUACAGCACAUGGUCUUCAGACCUUUAGUGGUGUUCCUAACUCACCUUUGGUGCGUCCAUGUUCUCGGGUAGAAGUUUCCUUGGAGUGCGAUUGGAGUGAACACACCUGCCCUGACGGUUUCAAAUACUACUAUAACUGUGUCACCUGUGAAAGUUCGUGGGAGAAGCCAGAAGAGUUUGCCUUGUUUGAGCAACAAUUAAAGCAGGAAAAGCUUCAAAAACAAAACCAUCAGCUUCAUUCUUCAUUACCAAUCUCUUCUCCAGAAGUUCUGCCUCAUCCAAAUGUCUUCAGUCAAAAACUUGAAGUCCAAUCCUCCUCUGCUGUACGAGAAUUGGAUUGUAUGCGACUUCAAUCAAAAGCAAGUCCCGUUGUUAGUCCAGCCUGUGUUUAGCAAUGUUGUUUUAAGUUAUUAGGAAGGUUAUUUAAGGUAAUUUUGAAGUUUAUCCUGUUAACAACUAACGUCGAAGUGAAUUAGGGUCGAAGUGAAUUAGGAUGGUAGCAAAGAGACCUGCAACUAAAGAUGAUUUUGAAAAUGCUGGUGUAAAGCUCUGAUGUGCCAUAUAGUCAGUCUACUAGCCAUUUAAAUGGUCCUCAAAACUCUUGGUGUAGUAUAUAUGAAAGGAUAGGCUAAAGCUAGCUUGUGAUUCAUGGAAUUGCUGCUUCUGGAAGGUAAUUAAUAUGUUAUUUAAUACUUAGAAACUGUAGUUAUAACUCUUUUUUUUUUAUCCAUUAUAGGUUCCUUAUUACUUUAUUAUUUCCCCGUGUUAUGUUUAUUUUGUGACUGAUUUUGAAUAUGUUGGAAAUUAUACUGAAAUAACAAUAGGGUUCUCAUUA